GGCUCAUAAAAUUAAAAGAAGAUACUUCCAAUUCCAAACGGUCUCUCAAUCUCGCCGCAAAAUUCUCUGAGUCUCCAAAUCUACAGAUACGAAGAUUCGAUCUCAUUGUUGAUUUUCAUCUGUGAAAUGUAAUGUAUAUUUAAUUCAGUCUAGUAGAGUGAGUGAGUGUUACCCAUAUACACAAUCACCCCCUUUUCUAGGAAAUGCACAACAAUUAGCGGCCGCAGUGGAAAGAUGUUGGGAUUUUUGCUCAGGAAAGAUGUCAGGAAGAUUCUCAAGCGCAAGGAUAGUGACGCCGGUGAAAAAGGUAGAGCACUGGAGGAAUUACGAGCAUCUAUGUUUAGCAGAUUCCGGUCAGUCAGUGGGUCCAAGCGGCAACAGCAAUCUCUAUGGGCACCCACUAUUGCCCUGACAUUCAAUUUUUUGGUUUCUGUUAGUAUUAUCUUGAUGAACAAACUGGUACUCGUCAACACUGGGUUUAAUUAUCCUAUAUUCUUGACUUUUAUUCACUAUGUCUGUAGUUGGUUGAUAAUGGCAAUUCUAAAAGCUCUUUCGAUUCUUUCACUCUCCCCUCCUUCAAAGUCAGCAAAAUAUUCUACUCUGAUGUCUCUUGGUAUAGUUAUGUCGCUAUCCACUGGUCUUGCAAAUGUUAGCUUGAAAUAUAACAGUGUUGGAUUUUAUCAGAUGGCUAAGAUUGCAGUGACGCCGGCUAUUGUUCUGGCUGAGUUUAUCUUGUUCAGGAAAAGAAUUUCUAGGAAAAAGGUGCUUGCACUUACUAUAGUAUCAGUUGGUGUUGCUGUAGCUACGGUAACCGAUCUUCAGUUUCAUUUUUUCGGUGCUUGCAUAGCCUUAGCGUGGAUUGUACCAAGUGCAGUAAAUAAAAUAUUAUGGUCUAAUCUUCAACAACAAGAUAACUGGAAUGCCCUGGCGCUAAUGUGGAAGACAACGCCCAUUACAUUGUUCUUCCUGGUGAUGUUAAUGCCGUCACUUGACCCUCCAGGUGUGCUGUCGUUCAAUUGGAACCGCUAUAACUGUGCCACCAUUGGUGGUUCUGCUAUUCUUGGUUUCUUGCUUCAGUGGUCCGGUGCUCUAGCUCUUGGGGCGACUUCUGCAACCACGCAUGCUGUUCUUGGGCAGUUCAAGACAUGUGUGAUUCUAUUGGGCGGCUUUGUUCUCUUUGGUUCUAAUCCUGGAUCGACGAGCAUCUGUGGAGCUGCAACUGCUCUCAUUGGAAUGUCCUUGUACACGUAUCUCAACUUGAAGUCGCGACAGCAAUCCACAUUGCCAUUGUCAAAAUCUAAGCUAAGCAAAGAGAGUAAUGACAUCCAUCAUGAAUUGGUGGAGAACUCCCUUAAUCUGCAGCUGGUAGAGCAGAGACCAUAACUCGUCCGUGGAUUUGCCUCAUUAUAACUCUUCCUUUCGACUUCCAAUUUUAUGUCGCGUUCUUACUCUCGUGGCCUUGUCAUUUCUUGGAGCUACACCGUUCAUGAAUCUGAUGAUUGGCAGUCUCUUGUAUUUGUAAGAUUGCAUCAGCUGAUCUCUGUAUAUUGCUUGCAGUUUUGAGGUCCUCUAUUACCUUAACUACGUAAUGGCUCCUCCCUCCUUGUUCUUGUCCUUCUUUAAUAUUUAUUUAUUGUUUAUGUAAUAGAUAAACAGAAAUAGAUCUAGAUGUUCCUGUCAUAUCAUUAAACUCCCUUGUUCUCAGUCUGAAUGAUACUAUUUUCAUUUUUUCUUUAAUUUAUGUGCGAUUUUGAUUUA